AUGGAAGGGGCUGGGGAGGAAGACCGAGUGGUAUUGGGCGGCGACGGCAACUCGCUCGGCAACACGUUAGGCCGAGAAUCAAUAGCAAAAGAAGAAAACAAGGACAGCGACGAUGAUGAUAGCGGCGAUGAGGGUAAUUCAGGAUCCCGCGGGGACUGUAGCUUUGGUGUUGUGGCGGGUGAACUCGGUAGUGGCUCCAGGCAAGCUUCGAGCAGUUGCAGAUGCUGGAGCUCUGGUCUCUGGUUCGCAGCAGCUGUUGUUGCGUCGGCGGAGGUUCGGCGUGGCGGUGCACUGACCGAUGAUGUCGCGGCUGUGGCGCCAGUGGCCGAGCUAUCCUCCCCGUCGUGGGCUCGGUCGCGCUCUCAGGCGCGGCCUCAGUCCAAUCUGAUGCAUACAAGUUUUGCGAAAAUCAGGAGGGCUUUUGGUUAUAGGGUAUAA